GAUCCAACCGCAGCCGCAGUCUAGCACUGAGCAGUCUAGUCGUUGAUGCGAACCAUCACCUGACCCGGUCACACAUCUCCUACACUUCCAUUGCCCAUACCCAUCCUCGUACUUUCUUUGUUCCUUCCUGUCGCCGGCAGCCUCGCCUCCAUCGCAUGAAGGCCACCUCGACAAGCGUCGCACGCUGGUGACGUAGCGAUCAGCCCGACCACGAUACGAGCACGUUUACCACCAUGGCCGAUUCGCGUCGCGAGGACGACGAUGUCCGGCAGCAGGAGAGCGACUUUGGAGCGUCAGAGAAUACACCACUGCUGGCCGGGGGUCAAACAGAAAGCACCGAACAGAGCCGACCGCAAAACGACUCCUCAGCCUCAUCGCUACUACGAGGCAUUCAAGGCAGCAAAGGUGGCCGCAAGAAGAAGCUACGAUGGCCGAGCCUGAUCGCCUUGCUGAUACUAUGCAUUGUCGCUGCAUUGAUCAUCAUCUUCGCCUUCGUGGCACCGACAGCAGUUCAGCAAUAUGCUGCCGAGGCUAUCGUAUUCGAGCCCACGAGCCUAUCCAUCGACUCCUUCACCGCGACAGGAGUGCGUGCAAGAGUGCAGGGAAACUUCAAGCUUGAUUCGACAAGAGUCAAGCAAGCCUCAGUGCGAAGGCUCGGGAAGCUAUGCACAUACAUCGCCGAGGAGGUUGAGACAGGAGAGGGCAACAUGGCCGUAUCGCUACCAGAGUAUGGAAACGUGCUGCUGGGCAUUGCGCAUCUGCCUCCAAUCAAAGCAUAUAUUCGUGACCAGCACAUCACCGGUAUCGAUUUCUUGACUGAUCUCGAGCCGGGUGAUGUCGACGGAAUCAGAGCCAUUGCCAACGACUGGAUCGAUGGCCGGUUAGGAUCAUUACGCGUCGUGGGCAGAGCUCAGGUCCCGUUGAAGAGCGGGCUGAUCAGCCUUGGCCAGCAACUCGUCCAACAAGAGAUGACUUUCAGUGGCGACGAGAUCCCUUCAAUACCCGCAUACGAUAUUAAGAAGCUGAACUUCCGGGAAGUUGAUAUUCCCACUGGCAAGGGUAUGGCCGCGGAUGUAUCAAUCAAGGUGCAGAACGACUUCCCUAUCGACUUCACUGUACCGCCGCUGGGUUUCGGUAUUCUCGUAGACAACUGCGAAAAGAGUGAUCCAUACAUCAUGCUCGCAGAUGCCAUUACCGAGCAGAUCCACAUUCAGCCGAAGAAGAAUGUCGUGGCCAACGCAACUGGAACCGUACGUGAGCUGCCUUCUGUCUUGACACAAGAUUGCCCAGGGACGUCCAUGUCUCCGCUCGAUAUGUUCCUUGGGCGUUAUAUCCACGGCAAAACUGCCACUGUCUAUGUGCGCGGCUCAGAUUCACCUUCGCUCGAUACGCCGGGCUGGAUCACAGAUCUGAUGCGAGACAUCACAGUGCCUGUGCCUGUGCCAGGCCGCACUUUUGGUCAUUUGAUCAAGAACUUUUCCUUGACAGACACACAUUUCAGCUUGCCUGACCCGUGGGCGGAGCCGGGCACUCCAGCAAGCAACCCUCGCAUCAGCGCCAACGUCCUCGCAACCAUCUCUCUUCCAGAAGAGAUGAACUUCAGCAUAGACGUGAACAAGGUCCGCGCCGACGCAGAUGUGUUCUACAAAAAGAAGAAACUCGGCCGCCUCGACCUCAGCAAAUGGCAAGACGCCAACAGCACUCGUAUUGAUGCCCGCGACGACGAAGGCCCGACUCUUCUGGUACAGAGUGCUGUGAAAGAUGCUCCGCUUGAGAUUCAAGACGAGGACGUCUUCACAGAUGUGAUCCAAGCUCUCAUGUUUGGCACAAAGACAGUGGUCAUGACCAUCAAAGCCGAAGUUGAUGUCGGCGUUGACACGGCGUUGGGAGAUUUUGCAAUUCGGAAGAUACCCGCGGAAGGCUCAGUUCCCAUCAAGCCUGUCUCGCGACCACAACCUCCUCCCGAUGGCCAUAACCCUCCCAAGCAUGGCGGGCAAGAUCUCAUUGGAGGUCUCGACCCCAAAAUUACUGAUCUCAACAUCGUCAAUACGACAAAAACGUCGUUGACUAUCGUUGCUGGUGCCAACGUCACUAACCCUACCAACUAUACCGCAAGCAUUCCGUAUAUCGACAUUCACAUCAUCAAAAAUGGCUCACUGCUAGGACACGCCACAGCGCGGAACCUAUCAAUCACGACCGGUCUCAACGCAGGCCUCUCAGUCGAAGCUGUGUACGCCCCACUCGACAUCAGCGGCCCCGAAGCAAGAGCCGUAGGCCGCGAACUUAUAUCUCAAUAUAUCUCUGGCUGGAAUACUACGAUCACAUUACAAAUGCACGAGAAGUCCAUCCCCGCCAACCCCAAAUUGAGCCGAGCUCUGUCGCGUUUUCCAAUCGAAGUGCAAGCUCCCAAACUCGGCGAUGUUGCACCUCCAGACGACGGCGAUGAUGACGGAGACAAUGAUCCUGAAGAACCUCCCGACGACCCAUGGAACCCUGACGGCGACGACGAAGACAACGGCGACAGCAAGAAACGCAAAUCCCCCUCUGGUCCCCAUUUCAUCCGCGACGCCACAAUGCAUCUCCUCUCCUCUUCCGCUACGUUCCUCCUCUUGUCACCUCUCCAACAUUCUACUCUCGUCAUCACGGAUCUCAACGCUACAGCAUUUUAUAACGACGACCCGGCGUCGAAUCCGGAUUCUUUUGGUGAUCCAGUGGGGAAUAUUUUGUAUGAUAUUCCGAUUGCUAUUCCGCCCAUUAAGGAGACGCCUGACGGGAAGGGGUAUUUGACGCCGAAGUUGCCGGUUGAGUGGCGGUUGGGAAGUGUGGGGUAUGGGGCCGUGAGGAAGGCGCUUGGUGGAGAGUUGAAGUUGGCGGCGAGAGCGGAUGUGGGGGUUAGAUUGGGACGCUGGAGGGAGGAGAUGUGGUAUAUGGGACAAGGGCUGGGAGUGAAGAUUAGGUUGUGAUGUGGGAGUGAAGCGGGAGGAGGACAGAACCGUAUGAAAAUGCGAAGACGGGAAUGGCAAAAAGGUCGAUAAACUGUACGAGAAUGGUUUGGAUAUUUUGUAUGGCGUAGCGGCGCACAACUGUGUGUGAGAGGAGUUCGAGGACAUGAUAGAUACUGUGUGCUAGGCAUAUACAAAAGCCUGUGAGAAUAUAAUGAGAUGAUCAAUGAGCAACA